AUGAUGAUGAGAAUAUGGGAUGGGUUUUCCCUAAAUCCGACACAGAGAGCUGGACCUGACCCUUUGAAUGGAGCAGAAAGCAUUAGGGACUUGUACGAGCUUGCAAGCACAAACUACACCGGCAAGUACACUGUUCGGUCUGUUCCUGUUAUUUGGGAUGAGAAGCUCAAGACAAUAAUAAAAAGCACAGCAUUGGAUCUGUACCCUCCCCACCUACGAGCUCAAAUCGAUGAGGCCAAUGAGUGGAUAGAUAGCGGGAUAAACCGCGGCGUCUACAAAUGUGGGUUCGCCAGGCAGCAAGGCCCUUAUCAGGAGGCUGUGAAAGAGUUGUAUGAAUGUUUGGACAAAUGUGAGGAGAUCCUGAGCAAGCAGCGAUACAUUUAG